GUGCCGAGACUCUCGCGGCCAGCUGUUCCUGCCGCAGCCUGCGCAGCCCCUGCCCGUUUUGGUGCAGCGGCGCGCGGGCGGGGGAGGCCUGGGGAGGCGGGAUCCCUCUUUGCAAUUCGGAGCGUACGGAAGGCUGUGGGAGUCUGAGUGAAGAGCUCCGGGAGCCGGGGAGACGACCCCGCGGGCGCUGAGCCUGCACCUCAUUGAUGCCCAAGUCUCCGGUCUGCGGACUAGGUCUGGCGAUUUCAGGCGGCAGGGUGCAUCUGUAGAGGAGCGGCUUGAGAAGAAGUUGGAGCAGGAAAAUAGCGUGGAUUUCAGGAGGCUUACUUUAAGGCUGGUUACCUUUUGCAAGGAGGGAAAGGAGAAAGAGACUGGCUCAAUUUUCUGCAGGACAGCCUGCUGUUUGCUGUAGGGCUUCAUACAACUGGAACAAAGCAAGGAGAGGGAUAUUGCACCACAUCAGAGCAGAUCCACCUCUAGUGGCAGCUCUGGUGGUGUUGCAGUUGCUGUUGACCACCACGCUCAACAAAUCUACACCUGCCUGGGAACCAGCCAUCCUCCUCCAGCUUGGUUGUGCCUCUUCGCAGACUGUCUAUAAUACUGACUGAGGCUGGUCUUGGGAAGGAGGCUUAUUAACUGCUGGACUGGUGAUUGAUUCUCUUAUUCCCAUCUGUACUGCCCGAAUCAUUGAAAGAUCAGAGUGUGAAGAUACAGAACUGUGACACUUCUGUGGUAGAGGUUAAGACUGUGUUACUGGUAUUUAACUGUGUCUUUUCUGUAACUGGUACUAUGACUGGGGCUGAGAUUGAACCUGGUGCACAGGCCAAGCCUGGAAAGAAGGCUGGAGAAGAGGUUGGCGGCGGGGCUGAGAGAGAGAAUGAGGUCCCAAUGGUGGUUAGACCCAAAGUUAGGGCCCAGGCCCAGGCAGUGCCUGGGGCAAGGCCUAAAAUCGAGUCAAAGGCUACAAAUGGGGUAAGGCCCAAAACCGAUUUCCAAGUAAUGGCUGGGGCAAGGCCCAAAACCGAACUCCAGGCAAUGGGUAGGGCAAGGCCCAAAACUGAGGCCAAGGCGAUCCCUGGGGCAAGGCCCAAGGAUGAAGCCCAGGCUUGGGCCCAGACUGAGUUUGGGGCUGAGGCAAUGUCCCAAACAGAGGGCGUGUCCCAGACAAAUGCAUCAGCCUGGCCACUCGUCAGCACUGAGUCUGGAUCAGUUGCUAAACCUAUGGUCAUGUCUGUAGAUAGAGAACUGGUAAAUGCGGAUGUUGAGACCUUUCCUGGCUCCCAGGUUCAGUCAGGAAUUCAGUCCUGGUUUGGACCAGGAGAUGAAACUAGUACAGGGUCUUGGUGUUAUCCCAGGCUCAGGGCCAGAGAGGAAGCCUCUAAUGAAUCUGGAUUCUGGUCAGCAGAUGAGACCUCUACUCUUUCUUCUCUCUGGGCUGGAGAAGAGGCUAGUGUCAGAUCAUGGCCCAGGGAAGAGGCCAAUACCAGAUCCAGGCACAGGGCUAAACAUCAGCCUAACCCUCGGUCUAGGCCCAAAUCCAAGCAAGAUCCCUAUAUAGAUUCCUGGUCUGGGUCUGAGGAGGAGUGUAGCAAUCCAUUUUGCUUGUGGCCUGGAGAAAAUACAAAUAACUUGUUCAGACCCAGAGUCAGGGAUGAGGCAAACAUUGGGUCCAAGCGCAGGACAAAGAGAGAGGACUUUUUUGAAUCUGAGUCUGAAGAUGAGUACUAUAAGGAGUCCUGGUUUUUGCCUGGAGAAGAGGCCAAUAGUAGAUUUAUGCCCAGAGAUCAGGAGGAGCCUAACAGUGACUUGAAGCCCAGAACCCAGAAAGAUGUUAGUAACAGCGAUAGGGUCAAACAAGACCCCAGAUUUGAGGAGGACAUCAUUAUUGGGUCCUGGUUCUGGGCAGAGAAGGAGGUUGGUGUAGAGGCUGGGGCUUCGGCUAUCUGUGAGUCCACCCCCGGGGCUGAGGAGGGGGCCAUUGGUGGAUCCUUGUUCUGGGCUGAGGAACCUGAGUCCAGUUUAGGGGCUGUGGCCAGAGAAGAGACCAGGCAGGAGUCUGAAGAAGAGGCCAUAUUUGGGUCCUGGUUCUGGGACAGGGAUGAGGCCUGCUUUGACCUAAAUCCCAGUCCUGUGUACAGGGCUAGUUCCAGGUUCAGAGAUACUGCUGAGGAGGAAAUUAAGGCAUCAUCCAGGCCCCAAACCUGGGAAGAGGUCACUGUCGAGUUCAAACCUGGUCCUUGUCAUAGGGUUGGCUUCCCAUCCCCAAGCUCCUUUAGAAUUUCUGAAGAAGCAUCCUCUGCAUUCGCUGAAAUGUUUGAGGGAACGCCCAAGAAUGCAGAACUUACCUCGGAAGGUGAAGAUGAGGCCAAUCAGCCUGACCCUCAAUUCACAUUUCAGUAUGAACCAUCCUACCGGUCAGUCAGGGAAAUUCGGGAUCAUCUCAGGACCAGGGAGAGUGCGCAGCCAGAGAGUUGGUCCUGCAGCUGUAUACAGUGUGAGCUUAAAAUCAGUUCUGGAGAGUUUGAGGAACUCCUCCUGUUAAUGGAAAAAGUUCGAGAUCCUUUUAUCCAGGAAAUAUCUAAAAUUGCAAUGGGUAUGAGAAGUGCUUCUCAAUUUACCCGAGAUUUCAUUCGGGAUUCAGGUGUUGUCUCACUUAUUGAAACCUUGCUCAAUUAUCCCUCCUCCCGAGUUCGGACAAGGUUUUUGGAAAAUAUGAUUCUCAUGGCUCCACCUUAUCCAAAUCUAAACAUGAUUGAGACAUUCAUAUGUAAAGUGUGUGAGGAAACCCUUGCACAAAGCGUGGAUUCCCCUGAGCAGCUGCUUGGUUUAAGGCUGCUUAGGCACCUUACUAUGACAACUGACUAUCACACACUGGUUGCCAAUUUUAUGUCUGGGUUUCUCACCCUGUUAGUAACAGGAGAUGUAACAACAAAGUUUUGCAUUCUGAAAAUGCUGUUGAACUUGUCUGAAAAUCCUGUGGUGGCAAAAAAGCUAUUCAGUGCCAAAGCUCUAUCGGUAUUUGUGGGUCUCUUUAACUUGAAAGAGUCACAUGAUAAUAUUCAAAUUGUUAUUAAAAUGUUUCGGAAUAUCAGCAAUAUUAUAAGAAAUGGAACAAUGGCCUUAAUUGAUGAUGAUUUCAGUCUUGAGCCACUUAUUUCUGCAUUCCAUGAAUUUGAGAGUUUGGCUAAGGAACUACAAACCCAAAUAGACAAUCAAAACGAUCCUGAGGGGGGACGACCAAACUAAUGUGAUUAAACACCUGUCUGUGAUCAGCCUUAUGUUCCCGAAGAGCCCUGAGUAGUGCUUUGGUUCUCAGUCUGGUUUUAUGUUGUAACUUACGUUUUUAAUGCUGAUGUUAACUUUGUCCAGUUCUUGGCUUGAGCUAUAUCAUUUUGUGGUUGCCAAAUGAAUAUUAGAACUGAAAACGUUUGUUCAUAUUUGUCUUGCUGUCCAGAUUGCAGUAUUUUUCAGUAUUGAGCAUCCAAUGAACUGAGUCGCCUAUGUAAGCUACCCUGCUAUUUGUUGUUUAAACAUGGUUCUGUGUUUGAGUCUGUGUUUUCAAUAAAGUUCUGUGUGGAA